UUUUCCAGAAAAUGAAGGCAAGGUAUAAAAAAUGGAAAAGACUGCAUGUCCACAUUAUAUAUAAUUGGAUCGAUUUCACUGUGAAUAACUCUGUAAUAGAGAUAUAGACAAUGGCAGACGAUUCAAAAAAAUCGCAAUUCUCAAACGACGACGUAUUAUUACCAAAAACGCAUUUCUGGGAAUCCAUGGAAAUCGUCCAUUGGGAAGGCUUCUGGUUCCCGCCGCAGGUCGUCAAACCGGCGAUCAAAUUCCGGUCCACCUUCGCCGCCGCAGACGGCGACGUUCUCCUCACCUCCGCCAAGAAAACCGGCACCACGUGGCUCAAAUCCCUCGCCCUCUCCUGCACCCAACGCGGCGGCGAAGUCGACGGCGCCGACGACCUCGCCGGAAAUAAUCCUCAUUUCCUCGUCCCCACCGUCGAAGCCGUCGGCUACAAACACGAACCCCUCAAAUUCGACAUCUACGACGCGCCGGCGCCACGAUUGCUCCACACGCACCUCCCUUACUCCCUCCUCCCCGAUUCCGUCAAGACAUCGUCGUCUUCCACGAAAAUUGUGUACCUUGCCCGGAACCCUAAAGAUACCCUAAUUUCCAUGUGGCAUUUUUUCAACUCAAUUCUACGGCCGAUCCCGCUGGAGAAGGCCGUCGAUUUCUUCUGCUCCGGUGUCCAUCAUUACGGGUCGUUUUUCGACCACGUUGCGGAGUAUUGGAUCGAGAGCCGGCGGCGGCCGGAGAAGAUUCUGUUUGUGAAAUACGAGGAGCUGAAGAGCAAUCCGACAGCGGAGGUCAUGAAAAUGGCGGAAUUCAUGGGGAAGGCGUUGGGGAGUGAGGAUGAGGUGGAGAAGAUUCUGUGGAGAUGCAGUUUGGAGAGACUAAGGAAUCUGGAGGUGAAUAAGAAUGGAUCAGUGAUUACAUGUGUUCCUAACAGGUGUUAUUUUAGGAAAGGGGAAGUUGAGAAUUGGAAGGAUUACUUGACGCCUGAAAUGGCAGAAAGAAUCGACCAAAUAACGAGGCACAAACUCGAGGUUAUAGGCCUCGUUCUUUAAUUUUU